AUGGCGUCAAGAACGAGGACUGAGGAGAUCCUGUACAAGUACCUGCUUGAGGUCAACACUGAGCGUCGCCACAAAGAUUUAUUCGAUGCAGUUCAGCAAGGAAGAGCGAUCCCGGCACAGCAUGAGACAGUUCAGCGCGCUCUUGCUGCCCGCAUCAAAGAAGUCCAUGCUUACAUGGCCACUAUCGCCGACGAAGAUGCCGAACUCGCAGCCUCCGUCGCCGCCGUCAAUGCAGGGCAUUCCACCAACGACCAGGAGGAUCAAGUACGCAAACUAAUGAUUGCCAUCCGUGCGAGACUUGGCCUGGUCGUGGACCGAUUGGGUGUUGAGGCUGGGAGCGAUCCAAAACUUCACAAUGCGAUCCUGGCAAAGCGUCAGGGCAGUGCAACUCCCGAACAGAAAGAGCUUUGGGUCGUGGCUCGGCGCAACAUUGUGACGAAGCUCGAUCAAGAGCUGGGUCGUGUCAAGCCCGAGCCUCUCAAGAGCGAAGCCCGUCGAGCAGUGCCGGAACCAUCCACCUCAGGAGUGUCCAAGCUAUCCACAUCAGGUCCUGUGAGUACUGAUGCCGCCUCAGUCUUCUACACCAGGUAUGAUCCGAAUGGAUGGGAUACAAUCUGGGUCACACCCCUCAAGCACGAGUGUGCGCCUCGCGCCGUUGCCGCUUCCUUCAACGAGGCCAAUCCUGCAGCCGUACCUCAGCUCAACUUCCAGGAUCUCCUCUCAAUCCUGGCUCGACGCGAUCUGAGACAGCAAGCCGCAGAUUUUGCAGGCAUCUCUAUCGACGAAUACGAGAAAGAGGAAGAGGCCGACGGUAUAUCGUUCCAGUCUGUGGCUGUGGCGUUCGCGGUUUGGGCCGAAGAGAACAAUCAUGGUCCUUAUCGGCUUGGGCUCGUGGUAGGUAGCUCUCCCAAGGAACUCCACGGCUAUCGUGACGGACAGAGUCACCCGGAUGGGCGGACCUUGUGGAUACAGUCCGAUGAUGCAGAGCACGAUGAAGAGAUCAUAGAAUUCAACAAAGCCAAACCAGACGAGGCUGUCGGCAACCACUUCGCUGGCAUCAAAGAGAUCACCCACGACAUGUCAGCCGAUACACCCAUCAAUGUCCAAUCUACAACUCAGACGCCGUUGUUGCCUACAUCAGUCGUAACACAGGUCUCGGUGACGCCCGAGCCAUCCGAGAUCUAUGAUGGAGAAGAUAUCGAAGGCCAUGUCUAUCGAUGCAAAGUCAACCAUGUCAAAGUUGAAGAUACUGAAAUCGAUCUCGAGGUCGGCGACAUUGGCCGCAUCAUCAGAGUCAGCAAACGACAUGACGGUGAUUGGAUCAAGGUCACAGUUCCAGCUCGGGGCGCAAAUGACAACCGUGGUUUUGUUCCUCGCAAUGUCGUCGAUGUCGGCAUCGGGAAGUGGGGAGAAAUCACUGUUGCAGGUAUUAAUGUUCCGCUACCGGAUCCUCCAGCGGUCAAAGUCCCUAAGGCCGGCACAGUGCUAUCAAAGACUCUUCGAGCCAUGACUCUUGCUCUGCGAGAUAGCGACGAUCUCCCUGUCAACCCCGUGCUUCGCAACGCGCUUGAGGAUAACGCGACGCGGGACUCUCAUCUUGUAACGAUCGAGAAAGGUCUUCGAGAGACUGGAUUCGAAGCUACGUUUGCGUUGGAGAGGUGGACUUUCGAAGAUCUCAAAGCUACUGGCCAGCGAAUUGUCACUCCCAACGGCAGUGGCAGUCCGUUCGAUGACAAGUGUGGCAUCUAUCUGCGGCUGUUCUAUGAUUGUAACUCCGGAAGCGAGGAUUACGAAGUCAUCGUCAAGAAGUAUGGCCGACCAAAGGAUUCGAUGUACGGAGGCAAGACCAAGCGCACAUUUCCUAAGCGUGAGCAGGAACACGAGAUGGCCGCGGACCCGACUUCAAAAAGUCACCACUACAGCGCUGCUGGACAGUGUGAUCCUGAGCAUGGAGUUCGCGCAGUCCCCUUCAUCACCUUGCCGAGGAACGCUGUGGAUUCCCUCUUUGCGCUUGCAGAGCAACUGACUAUAAUGUUGCUGGAACUAGGCGUACCCGUCAUGAAAAUCCAACACGAUCAGCUGGAGAUUGUUAGCGCGACCGAAGUUACGAAGCGCUCGUUUGUUGGGGGUUUCAGUUUCGCUGAAGAUAUUCGCAUUGGACGAGUCAUUCACCAGAUCUCGCUCAAGGUCUCACAGCAGACUGGGUGGCUUGGGACGUUCAGCCGGAGUAAGUUCAGCGACAACCCUGGCAUGGGAUGCAACUGGCAAAUGCCCGCGUGCGAAGGUUGGGGAGGAACAGUGACAUGGGUCAAAUUUGUGGAAGGCAACAUCACUUACUACAGCCGACACGCGAAACAGUCAAAGGACGCGGGAAAUGACCGUAAGACGAACGAAAUUCAGUUACAGAUCAAGGGCAAAAGAAUGCGUCUUGGUUGCGAAGCUCCGAAGGGAUGUGAUGCUUUCGUGGUUGCGGAGAUCACCAACGACGGGACUCCGCAUCCUGCCAGUCUUGCUCGGCUGCCAAAGUUCCCCGUCUACGAAGGUCAAGAUGCUGCCAACCAACUCGCCAUUCGUCUUCUUUGGAAGGAGAAGAAUGGUAAGUGGAAAGCCCAAUACAGCCAAACUUCACAGGUCUGGACAAAGUUGGAUCAGGACUACGCAUUCUUCUCCUACGGCGCUGCAGUUGCACUCAAGGCAUACUUCGAGCGAGAGCCGAUUUCUUGUCCAGAGUGGUUCACAGACUUCGCCAAAGGAAUCGGUGUGGCAGAAUCUGUCCGAGAAGUGUCAUUUUCCCAUAUGACUCAGACAUACACGCUCACGGAGGUUCCUAUCAAGCACGGCAGCCCCCGUGAGGUCGGGUUGCUAGGCGAUCCAGCUCGAACUCGCAGUGUCAUCGAGAACGACAUCGGAUACGAGAACAUCGCUGCUGCUUGGCCGCCGGAUUCCGCGGAUAAGGGAAAGUCGUUGAUGCAGACGCCGGUUAAGGGCAGACCCCGCUCUAACUGCGAUGUUUGCCGCUACUUCGGUCGUGCUCCCUGUACGCAAAUUGGGAACACCAACCAAUGUCUGGGGUGCCUCAGAAUGAAUACUCCAUGUUCUUGGACACCGACGAAGCGUCUUACGAGUAGAGGAUGGGGUGUAGAUGGCGAUCUUGCGGCGAAAGAACAGGAGUUUUACGUGUCUCCACCACUGUGUGAUGCUGUGGAAGAGAUUUCUGACCCGGAAACUUUCUACGCCGAACUCUGA